UUACAUAUUGCUCUGUGUCUAUAGGCGUGUAUGUUUGUGUGUGUGAUCACGUUGAUCAGCAAAGCCUUACCUGUCCGCCAAUCUGUCUCUCUGUUCUCUUCCUCCAUUUCUUUAUUCCCUCUCCCCCUUAUUAAUCCCAAACUCACACCUUAUUUUCUCUCUCGCACUAACUACCUCUCUCUCUCUCUCUGUGAUAUCUCCCGGGAGAUUUUUCCGACGUGGGUGGCCGGAGAAGAUGACGACAAUGACGGCGAGCAACAAUGUGAAUGGUCAGUUCGGGGACACGACGUUGACCAAGGUGUUCGUAGGCGGCUUGGCUUGGGAGACUCCGAAAGAGGCAAUGAGAGAGCAUUUUGAUAAGUACGGAGAGAUCUUGGAAGCUGUCAUCAUCUCCGACAAGAUCACCGGCCGAUCCAAAGGCUACGGCUUUGUUACUUUCAAAGAAGCCGAUGCUGCGAAGAGGGCAUGUGAGGAUCCGACUCCGAUCAUCAAUGGCCGCAGGGCUAAUUGCAAUCUCGCUUCCCUCGGCGCCCGUCCUCGCAGAUCGCUAGCCACUCAACAAGAUGUGGGUAAUGUGAAAGGAUCCAAAGGUGGGAAUAGGGCCACGUCAGCACGUGUGGUGGGGAGCCACGUUCAGAUGUAUUACCCUGCGGGAUUCAAUCAGCCACAUCACCAGCCGCAACAUCCGCCCGUCACUUUCUACGGGUAUCCUCCUACAUACAUUGCUCCGGACAUGGGUUUUAACAACAAAAUGGUGGGAGGAGCGUAUAUGAACGGACACUACGUGCAGCAGCAACAUUACGGGCAAGUGAUGGUAAGGGCAAACGCGAUGGUGCCAGUCUUCUACCAACCAUACCAUCACCACUCCCACGUCGUCGGUCUUCCUCCUCCUCCUCCCGCUCCCAUCCUCUCCAAGCCCCUCUCCUUCUCUCCUCUCCUAUCUCAGUUUGCUUGAAUGUGUGGAAUAGGAACAGUUGGAGGAAGAGAGCAUCGUCGACAAUGCCAUGAGAUGAUAGCCGCUCGGACCAACAAAAUAAUGUCUAUUAAAAAAACCUCUGCAUGUUCCAUUCCAUUGGCUCUUCUUUCCAGAUAAAUUUAUUAUUUAAUUUAAUUCCUCAUGUUUUUCAAUCAUCAUUAUCAUUAUUAUUAUAGUCAGUUGUAUUUUCUCCAAGUCUAAUAUGACUAGCCAAAGUCAUUAUUC